AUGGCAGACGAAGAAUACGAAAGUGUACUGUUAGUAUUGCGAGAAUGUUAUGUCUAUAAAAUUCCACCAAGAACGUCAAGCAGAGAGUAUAGGGCAGCGGAAUGGGGUGAUAUGGAAGCUUUUUUAUGGAAAGGUCGAUUAAGAAUUAUGGCUGUGGGAGAAAAAUGUUUUAUUAGAUUAGAAGAUGGUAGUACUGGUGAAUUAUUUGCACAAUGUCUGUAUGAUCCAGAUACUAAUUCCGUUGAACCAGUACGUGAUUCUUCAAGAUAUUUUGUUUUACGUAUUGAAAAUACUGAUGGUAGGCGUGCGUUCAUAGGCAUAGGAUUUCAAGAGCGUUCAGAGGCAUUCGAUUUUCAAGUAACAUUACAGGAUCAUAUUAAACAUUUAAAAGCAGAGAAAGAAGCGGCUGAGCGCGCCAAAAUUUCUGCAUUGACACCGAAAAAAGAUUAUAGUUUAAAAGAGGGUCAAACAAUUAGCAUUAACCUCAGUCAUCAUAAAUCAAAACAUUCAAGACCUCAAUCAGUAGAUCAUAUUCCAAUAUCUGAAGAAACUGGAG